AUGGGAAUAUGUAUGUCUUCAGAGUCUCGUUACCAUCGAGAAGUCAGCCAUCGUAUCGACAAAACACUAGAACAAGACAGUCGAAGAUCAAAGCAAGAAUGCAAGAUCCUACUGCUUGGCAGUGGAGAAUCUGGCAAGUCAACGAUUGUCAAACAAAUGAAAAUCAUACAUCAGAAUGGCUUUACUACUGAGGAAUUAAUGGCCUGGCGCCCAGCAGUCUUUAAGAAUGUUAUCGAAUCUAUUCACGCCGUUGUUAACUCCAUGGCAAAAUACGGAUACACCUAUCAAGACCCAGACAACGAAUACUAUGCUCAGAGAGCAAUCGAAUAUCCUUUGACAGAUUAUCACCAAGCCAUGGAAGGCGAGCUAGCAACUUCAAUUAACCGUCUUUGGGCAGAUCCAUCUGUACAUAAGAUGUUAGAUGAAAAGGGCAAUCGGUUUUAUUUGAUGGAUGCUGCACCUUACUUCUUUGAUGAAAUUGAUCGGAUAGGAGGACCAGACUACAUACCCAAUACACAAGAUGUACUCUAUACACGAAUCAAAACUACCGGCAUCACCGAAACCAGAUUUACGAUGGGUAAAGUUAGUAUCCACAUGUUUGAUGUGGGUGGGCAAAGAUCCGAGCGUAAAAAAUGGAUCCACUGCUUUGAAGGUGUUACGCUUAUAAUUUUCUGUGUGGCCUUGAGUGAAUAUGACCAAGUUUUAUUAGAAGAAGCCAGUCAGAAUCGAAUGGUCGAGAGUCUGGUACUAUUUGAUUCGGUAGUGAACAGUCGAUGGUUCUUACGAACCUCAAUAGUCUUGUUCUUGAACAAGAUUGAUGUGUUUGAAGCAAAGCUACCAAAGUCUCCUCUGGAAAACUACUUUCCUGAUUAUGAGGGUGGUCCGGAUCCAAAAAAGGCAGCAAAGUUUAUCCUCUGGAAAUUUGAUCAAUUGAAUCGGGCAAAUCUCAACGUAUACCCACAUUUGACCCAGGCAACAGAUACUUCAAAUAUUCGAUUGGUGUUUGCUGCAAUAAAGGAGACCAUUCUCCAAAAUGCACUCAAAGAUUCUGGUAUUCUUUAA